UCCUCGUUUCAGUUUUACAUUGAUCAUUCUACUACAGUACAUCAUAUAUAUCAAUUUUUAUAUCAAUUUUUUGAGUAUUGAAUCGGCCGAAGUUAUCGUAUCAAACCAAAGAAAGGAAAACGGGUUAAAACGGCUUAAAAUGGGUUUCGUGAAGCAAAUUAUUAUGUUCCUCUGUUUAACACAAAUAUUUAUCCUGGAAAACGCUGCUGCUACUGAUUGGUACAAACGCUAUCUAAAAGAGGAUGUUAAAGAAAAAGAAAACCUUAUUGAAAGGAGUGAAUUAUCAAAGAGGGAAAUAAUAGCUUCUGCAAAACUACUGUCUCCAAAAGAAAUCGAAAAAACUAACGCAUUAGAACAACCUCAUGAACUAUAUCACAUCGUAAAGCGUAAUACAGAUUGGAAUAAUUCCUAUUUAAAAGAGGUUGCUAUACCAAAAGAAAACCUUAUUAAAAAGAGAGAAGCAUGUAGAAGCCGCUGUAGAGGGGGUCGUAGAGGGUGUCGUAGAAGGAAUCAUAGAAGACGUACUACUACUACUACUACGGUGGCGUCCACAUAACGUCUACAUCAAAACAAUUGAUAUCGACAUCAAAUAUUGAAAUACAAGGAAGAUAACAGAACUGUUAUCUGUGCACAAUUAAGAAACUUGAUAUUGGGUCGAUUUAUAUAUGAAGAAUUGUGCCUUAUAUAUACUAACUUAUAUAUAUAACUUAUAUAUAUAUACUAACUUAUAUAUCUUACUUAUAUAACUUAUAUAUACUACUUAUAUACUAACU